UUAUGAAGACAACCAAUCAGGAAUAGAUAAUUUAAAAAAUGAAUUAGCCAAAAAGGUUAGUAAAGAAGAAUACUGUCAAAUUAUGGCUCAGAUUGCUGAAAAAACGAUGGCUAAAUAUAAUGUUAAGGCCGACGAACUAGACCCUGAGAUUAAAAAGGAUUUUGAAAAGUUAAAAAGUGGGGAAAUUAAAGAACCUGAGCAAGUUAAUGAGAUAGAAAAGAAAGUAGCGAAAAAUGCGGGGGAAAAAGGGUCUAGUAAGAAACUAAAUCAAAUUUUACAAGAGGCUCAGAAAGUUUUAAAAUUAGGAGACAAAAAUAAAAUUAAAGAG